CUGCGUCGCGCGGACCUCUCGAGCGUCGACCUCUCGAUGGCCCUGCUGCUCAAGGCCGACCUGCGCGAGUGCCUCUUCCAGCACGCGACCUGCCUCGCUGCGCGCUUCGACGGGGCGUGGGCGCAGGGCGCGGACUUUGGGUGGGCGGACCUCCGCAACUCCUCCUUCCGAGGCGCCAGCCUCGCCGAGUCCUCCUUCGGCGCAGCCGAGCUCGCGAGGGCAGACUUCCGACCUCAGCGCCUCUUCACACCUGCAGCUGUGAACAGGCGAGUCCAAGCUCGCGAGGGCAGACUUCCGAGGCGCCGACCUGAGCGGGUCGACGCGGUGCGCUUCGACAACGCGAAGCUGAGCGAGGCGAUCAUGACCAACGGCCGCUUCCCCGCCGCCUCCUUCGUCGACGCGGACCUCCGCGGCGUCGCCAUCGAUGACGUGUACCUGCACGCCGCCGACCUGCGCCGCGCCGCCUUCUCGGGCAGCGGCAUUCUCUUCGCGACGGGCGUCCCUCCCGCCUCCCUCACCGACACGGUGCUCACCAGCGCAGACCUCUCCUUCGCCACCCUCGACGGCGCCAAGCUGCAGGGCGCGAGCUUCCGCUACAGCGACGUCACGGGCUGUGACUUCACCGGCGCCGACAUCGGCGGGGCGGACUUCACUGGCGCGCGGGGCCUCCACCCCUCCAUGUUCCUCCGCGCGACGGGCACGCCCGUGCCUCCGGACUGCUGCGGGAGGCGGGCGCCCGUGUGA